AUGUCCUUUCCGGACAGGCCUGUUGCCCAGCUUCUUGGCUCAAAUGGUCCUGUCCAUGCUGUGACCUACUCGGCCGGCAGCGGCACGUACAUUCUGACCGGUUCGUCUGAUCGGUCGAUUCGGCUCUACAACCCGCUGCCGACGACAGGCACGGCUGGCACACCAUCGCUGGCCAAGACCAAAGACCAUGGCUUCGUGACGAGUUCGUCAGCUGGCGCAACGCCUCGUGCCACCCCCAUCCCCGAAGGCCGCCUUAUUCAGACCUAUGCCGAGCACGGCUACGAAGUGCUGUCGCUGGCCUGCGCUGCCGACAAUGCGCGGUUCGUCUCGUCCGGUGGUGACCGGACGGUGUUUCUGUGGGAUGUCACGACAGCCCAGACGCUGCGGCGGUUUGGCGGCGGAACGGGCGGCGGGCGCGUCAACUGCGUGUGCUUUGCGGGCGAGGGCGACAGUCUGGUCGUGAGCGGCGGCUUCGAUACUGUGGUGCGCGUGUGGGACACACGCAGCGGCGGCAGCGGGCCCAAUGUCAAGCCGAUCCAGGCGUUAUCGGAAGCGCGUGACGCGAUCUCGGCGCUGGUUGUGCGUGGCGCCCAGAUUGUGGCGGCCAGCGUCGACGGUCGCGUGCGGACGUACGAUGUGCGGACGGGGCGGCAGACGACCGACGUGAUCAGCGGCAGUGCGGGAGUCACGAGCCUGAGCCUGACGCGCGACGGGCGGUCGUUGCUGGUGGGCGCACUGGACAGCCGGCUGCGGCUGCUGGACCGCGAGAACGGCACCUGCUUGCGGACGUAUUCAUCCGGCAGCGAGGACAAGGAGUCGGCGACGGCGAAAGACGCUGGCCUUGUCUGGCGCAACGAGGAGUUGCGGGUGCAGUCGUUGAUUGGCGGGCGCGAGCGAUUUGUGGUGGCCGGCGACGAGAUGGGCCGCCCUCCAGGUGAAGCGGCUGCCCUCACGCCGUCUAAGAAUACGACGCCGGACGGUCGCGUGUGGGCAUGGGAUCUCCUGACGGGCCGCGUGGCCGCGACGGUGACGGUGCCGUGGGGCCCACCGGGCGCCGCGACCAGUGGCCGGUCCAUUGGUCGUGACGGUCGCGAGAAGGAGCGGCGCAACGUGACGAGCUGUCUGGCAUGGCAAGACGGCGGAUGGGGCGACCAGUUCUGCGUGGGCGGCACAUCGGGCGUCGUAACGGUGUUUGGACCGUGGUGA